AUUGGAUGGGCGGAAACUUCCCGGGAGAGGUGAGGACGAAGCCUACGCUAAUUGAUCUGACUGGGGUGAAACGAAUGCGGAAGCCAAGCGCCGCCCGCGACGGUCGAGUUGCCUUCCCCGGGCGGCCUGGCGAUGGGGAGCGGAGGCUUGUGGCUGCGUUGGUGCCUGGCCGCUAGAAGCGCUUCCCGGUUGGCGAGCCCAAGGAAGAAUAUUUUUGGCUCUAAAUCAUGGGACCCCGUUUCUCCAGGCAACAUUGUCUUCCUGCAGUUCCAGAGGACCUAUCGAGCCGUACUGUGCACUGAACUGAAAAAGCCAUUGGUCGUCAGGGACGUCCCAUCUGCUUUGCUUCAGUCGCACGAGGUCAGAAUUCAUGUCCGUUGCUGUGGAAUCAAUUUUGCGGACAUACUGGCCUGCCAGGGUCUUUACCAACAUCAGCAUCCCCUCCCAUUCAUCCCAGGAAUGGAAUACUCAGGAGAUGUGGUGGAGACUGGGAAAGCUGUCACCAACUUCAAAGAGGGGGACUGUGUCAUUGGUGUGACUGAUGGAAAAGCUCUGGCCGAAGAGUGCAUUGCAAAUCCAAAGCUGCUUUGGAAAAUCCCCCAAGGAGUAUCUUAUGAACAAGCUGCAGCACUGCCUGCUUCAUAUGGGACAGCCAUCUUGGCCUUGAAAUAUAGAGCACAAACACAGCUAGGAGAAACUGUUUUGGUGACUGCAGCUGCUGGUGCUACAGGGCUGGCAGUAGUAGAUGUUGCAGCAAAUGUCCUUAAAGCAAAGGUGAUAGCAGCAGCAGGAAGUGAUAGUAAAUGCCAUCUGGCUAUCCAGAAAGGAGCUCUCGAGAGUGUGAAUUACAACGAGGCUAGUCUGAAAGAAGAAGUGAAGAAGCUAACAGCAAACAAGGGAGUUGAUGUGGUUAUUGACACCGUUGGUGGAGACAUCUUCAAGCAGGCAUUGCAUAGUCUGGCUUUUGAAGGCAGAAUUGUGGUGGUUGGUUUUGCUGGAGGAACGAUACCGUCCAUUCCAGCCAACAUAUUGCUUCUGAAAAACAUCUCUGCUCUGGGACUAUUCUGGGGCCGGUACCGGGAUGAAAAGUUCCCAGUCUUCUCCUCAACCAUUUCUUCAGCCCUUUCGUAUUACCAAGAGGGUCAAAUCCAGCCUCACAUAGGAGGAGUGUUCAAACUAGAGGAGGUAAACGAAGCCUUUGCACAUGUGAUUCAACGUAAAUCUACAUGAAAGAUUGUCAUCUCAAUUCAUUAAACCUCUUGGGAAAAAUGUGUCUUCUGUGUUACUUCCUGCUGAAGAGAGAAGCUGUUGUCACUGAGUUCAAAUCACUCAGCCUGUGACAGGCCCUUCUGGAGUACAGAAGAAACUUUCUAGCCAAGCAAACUCAUUUAUUUUUUUACCAUUUCUCUAAUGGGUCUUGGAUGUCUAGACACCAACCCUCUUCCGGCCAAUCACCACCGCUGAACCACAGCUAGCUUUCCUCCCCCAUUGGCUCACUGCCAGCAAUUGUCCACUGCCAAUGGCUCAUGGCCCUCCGCUCUCAGCCCUUUCUGCCUGCCCAUUCCCUCGGGCAGAGUUUGACUCAGGUGUUUUGCUCCACAGGACAAAUAAUCACAAGCCACUUGAGUGGUGGGCAAAAGCCAGAGGUGGGUUCCUACCAGUUCGCACCAGUUCGGUAGAACCGGUUCGUCAAAUCUACCGAACCGGUUAG